UGACAAGAUUCAUGCAAGCCUGAUGAACUGCUUUUCAGAUCGACAGCAUUAACCAAUUGUUGGUGUAAAUCAUGAACAUCUGCAGUGCCGUGGUGACAAACAGCUGUUCAUUUGAGGAUGUGGACAAGCUGAUGCAGUCUUUGGAGCUGAUCAUAUAUGUGCCAACCUUUGUGUUUGGACUGGUCCUGAACACCCUUGCACUGACCGUCUUCUGUGUCGUUCUGCGAAAAUGGAACGAAUCUACUAUUUACAUGACCAACCUGGCUCUAAUGGACUUGCUCUUGCUCCUCCUGUUGCCAUUCAAGAUGCAUGCCAUAAAACACUGCUGGGAGGCCAGCAAGAAGCUCUUCUGCUCCUUUCUGGAGGCCAUGUAUUUUGUAGGGAUGUACGGGAGCAUCUACACCAUUACUUGCAUUGCCGUGGAUCGUUACAUUGCCAUCCAGCAUCCAUUCCGUGCCAAAGAGAUUCGAUCUCCAAAAGCAGCCGUGGUAGUUUGCAUGAUCAUCUGGUGUCUGGCAUUGGGUGCAACGUCACCUAUAUACACAUUCAGGGACAACUCUGACAAACCAUUCCACUGUUUCCAUGGUUUUUCAGAUAAAGGCUGGAGUCUGGGCCUCAUAGCCUGUCUGGAGGUGUUCGGCUUCCUGCUCCCAGCCGCUGUGCUCAUAAUGUGCUCUGUGCAGAACAUCCGCACUCUGAGGCAGUCACAAGGGCAGAGCGCCAAGAGCCGUGUGGCCGAGAGGAUCAUGUACAGCAGUCUCUGUGCAUUCCUGAUACCUUUCACUCCCUGCCACCUUGGCAUCUUCCUGCAGUUCCUUGUGCGCCAAGGCAUUAUCACAUCCUGCCAGUCUCAGACUAGAAUUGCCCUGUUUGUGCAGGUUGCCAUGUGCUUGGCCAAUGUAACCUGCUGCCUGGAUGCCAUCUGCUACUAUUUCAUUGCCAAAGAAGUCCGCUCUUCUAGAGGAACCAUCAGGCUGUCUAUAAGUCAAAAGAGAACUACCAGCACAUCAGAGGUAUAA